AUGACGUUAGAAAAAAAAGAAAGUUCAACAGCAAUUUCAUCAUUAUUAUCUCAAUAUGGUGAUGUUUCUGAUGAAGAAAUGCCUAAUGAUGGAUCAAGUGCUGUAGACAAUAUAUCAGAUGAAGAAGUAGAUCAUUUAAAACAUAAAUUACAUGCCAAAGUUGAUGUUGUUGAAGAUGAAAACUCCUCUAGUAGCAUCAAGGAUCCAGGCACAGAUACACCAGUCAAAAAGAAAGCUAAGAAAACUGCCCUGGUAUCAUAUGUUGGUGAUGAUCAUGAAGAAGAUAAAAGUUCAUCAGAGAGUGAACGCACAGUAGAAGAUAUAGAUGAUUAUCAAUUUAACACAUCAAAGGGUGGUAGCUGUUUAGAAACAGAAGUAGCUUGUAAGUAA